UGGAGAAGAUAACAGCUACAGCAAUGGCAUAGCUAACCUCUAUCCUAACCCUCUUCCUUCGAGCCUUUACAUUACUCUGACUCCUCGAUUCCUCCCCUCCUUCUCUCUCUCAAACCACAAAAAGGAGCAAGCAAGUAACUUCAGGAAAGCAGACGAAACCCAUCCCCGAGAAGCAGUGGAACCAGAGGAGCAGGAGGAGGAACUGCAGGAGAAGGAGAAACGGGUGGUGAGAUCUUAACUGAUCUUCCUGUUACAUUCUAGAAUCUUCGCCGAUCCUUCGAUAAGUGUUCGAUCUUUGCGUUUGCUGAGUUCGAUGAGUCUUUGUUUCUGCAUUCGACCUCUUUUCCUUAAGUUAAUAUCUUAAAAGAGUUCUUGUUGAGUUGUUGUGCCUCCAGUGAAAAUGAUAGAUUUUGUUGAAGGCUCACGCAGUUACGAGGGGAGUAAAGAAAGGAGAUCAGAUAUGGAGAACUCCGAGGACGAGAGAUGGCAGACAAGAAUGGGGUCCCUGAAGAAAAAAGCGCUGAAUGCUUCCUGCAGAUUUACCCACUCUCUAAAGAAACGGGGGAGGAGGAGAGUCAAUUUCAGAAUUCCUUCGGUGUCUAUUGAGGAUGUGAGAGAUGCAGAAGAGGAGCAAGCUGUCCAUUUAUUCCGGAGGCAACUCAUUGAUAUGGCCUUGCUGCCUAAUCAACAUGAUGACUAUCACACAUUACUGAGAUUCCUCAAGGCAAGAAAAUUUGACUAUGAGAAAGCAACUCAUAUGUGGGCUGACAUGCUUCAGUGGAGAAAAGAAUUUGGAGCAGACAGAAUUCUGGAGGACUUCAAAUUUGAAGAAAUUGAGGGAGUUUUACGCUAUUAUCCACAAGGGUACCAUGGAGUUGACAAAGAGGGUAGGCCAAUCUACAUUGAGAGGCUUGGGAAGGCUGAGCCAAAUAAGCUUAUGCACAUAACAACAGUUGAGCGAUACUUAAAGUAUCAUGUACAAGAAUUUGAGAAAGUCCUGGCUGAGAAAUUUCCUGCAUGCUCAAUUGCCGCCAAGAGACAUAUCGGUUCAUCUACAACAAUUUUGGAUGUACAAGGAGUGGGGUUGAAGAAUUUUAGCAAGACAGCCAGAGAUCUCUUGCUCAAUAUACAGAAAAUAGAUGGUGAUUAUUAUCCUGAGACACUACAUCAGAUGUUUAUUGUUAAUGCUGGCCAUGGAUUUAAGCUUCUUUGGAAUACUGUAAAAGGCUUUCUUGAUCCUAAAACUACUUCAAAGAUACAUGUUCUAGGAACUAAGUACCAGAGUAGACUUCUUGAAGCAGUUGAUGCAGGCCAACUUCCAGAAUUUCUUGGCGGUUCAUGUACAUGUUAUUAUGAUGGGGGAUGUCUUAGAUCUAAUAAAGGCCCCUGGAAGGAUCCAGUUAUCAUAAAGCUUGUGCAAGGUGUUGAUGCAGCCUACCUGAUGGCAAGAAAACAUGCUUGUGAUGGAGAAAAAAUUGUAACCCCUUGUACAAGGCUGCAUUGCUUGAAGGGAAUAUAUAGUGAUACUUCUGCAGCUGAAUCUGUUUCUGAUGUUGAUAUUGGCUCUCCUGUGAUAUCAGGGUCUUUUGAGUAUGCUUCAGCUCAUAAAGUUGGGGAAGUUAAUCAUGGCGAAUAUCAGAAUUGCAAUGAACUUUUUUUCAAGGUUGAUAAAGAUAUACACGUUGCUCAAGCUGGAUGCCAGCUUUCUGUGAAGACAUCAAAAGCAAUAAAAGACCUUGCAAAUGCACCCACAAGCGCACUGCCAAAUUCAUUUGGGAAUGCUGCUGUUGAUAGACACAACAUCAAGGAUCAUUUAGAUGAGGGAAAACUACACUGUUUUGCAAGAAUGUUGACUUCAUUUCUUGUAAAAGUUCUAUCCUUUUUGCGUACAUUAAGGUCUAGGCAUGAUACAAGCUCAGAGAAUAUUCAUUCAUUAGAAGCAUUGGACUUGGCACACAAUAAAAACUCUACUGCAGAAACCAUCAAGAAAGAUUAUGUCACUGCUUGCAUGAACCGUCUUCAAAAGGUUGAGUUGAUGCUGAAUGAACUUAGCAGUAAGCCAGCAGAGAUUCCUCCAGAAAAAGAGCGGAUGAUAAUGGAUUUGAUAGACAGGAUAAAGUCUGUAGAGUUUGAUGUUCCCAAAACAAAUAAAGUACUGCAAGCAACAUUGAUGAAGCAAAUGGAGCUUGAAGCAACUUUAGAAGCUUUGAAAGACUCUAUCAACCGCAGGAGAAUAUUUUGUUGAUUGACGGAGGACAGAGUAGCUGUAGACGGAUGAGAUUUGCUGCAAAGAAUACUUCCAUACUUCAUCCUCUUCUCUUUUGGCCAUCAUGGAAAAAAUGGAAACAAAGUGUCAGAAAAAUAGAUUUCAGAAAGAGCUGCAGGCAUUUGUGCAAAAGUGACCGCAUUGUGAUUUUUUUUGAUAGUAGCAUUUCCAGUAUUACUUUUCAAGUGCUAUAAGAAUACGAGAGAAAGGUUUGGUUAAAGUGCCGCAAUGGUUUAUGAUUUACCAAACUAUCAGUGCUUGUAAUUUGUGUUAUGUAUCGCGUACAUUUUGAUAGCUAUAAACUCCCUAUGUAUACUAGGUUGUGUAAAGGGGAAGAUAUUUAAAAGGCAAGUGCUUGAACUAUGAUUGAGCUUUAGAGAAA